GUCCUCUCUCUAUAUUAAAAAUGUAUUGGUUAUUCCAUUCGGUGUUGAGAACACCAACGUGUGACGAUAAACUCCGUUUGUGAGACGGAACACAGAACACGGGCAGCCUUGGGGAUGAGGAACAGCUGUGAUUUGGGGCACAAGUCCAAAACACAACUUCACACUGCUCUGUCCGGUUGCAUUUCUCCCCGCUCUCUGGCUGUCUGUGCAGAAGUGUCUUCAUCAGUCUCUCUCUGUCGAUUUGCAGGAAGCCUUAAGCAUACUUCAAUGGCCGAGGACGAAUGGAGUCCAUCCGGUGGCUCUUGGCCGCAGCAGGAGUAGAGUUUGAAGAAGAACUUUUUGAAACAGGUGAAGAAUUUGAGAGAUUAAUCCAAGGUGGAACUCUGAUGUAUGAACAAGUGCCCAUGGUCCAAAUCGAUGGAAUGAAUUUGGUAGAAACCAGAGCUAUCCUACGAUACCUAGCUGCAAAAUACAGCUUGUAUGGAAGGAACCUACAGGAACAAGCCUGGAUUGACAUGUAUGUAGAGGGCUUGAGGGACCUGAGCGACAUGAUUAUGUUCUUUCUACUCUCCCUGCCUGGAGAAAAGGAGAUGAAUCUUGACUACAUCCUUGAAAAAGCCACUACAAGAUUCUUCCCUGUCUAUGAGAAGGAAUUCAAGGCCAGAAUCAGCUGCAUUCCCACAAUUCACAAAUUUCUGCAGCCUGGGAGCCAAAGGAAGCCUCCACUAGAUGAAGUUUCCACUGAGACCGUGAAGAACAUCUUCAAAUUUGAACGCGGCAUUUUUCUCAAAAACUUGGGCACUAUAGUAGCCGAGUAUUAGCAAGCAAAGAGUUCUCAAGAACUCGUAUAUGUUUCACUUUGCUUUCACAGCAGUGCCUAGAGCGAUACCAUCAGGCCACUUUAAUAAAGUAAUAAACAAAAGGAAAUAAACUACCAAAUACUUUGUAAAUCAGACAACUCUUUUCCAUAAAACAAUAGAACGCCAAUAAAUCAGAAUCAUCCAAAGAAAGAUUCUUCUGCAUUCUACUUUUUGCAAAAGAGUAAAAUCGUAAGUAAGUCAAUAGAUCUCAAGGGCUUCUUUAAAAAACAAAACACCCCACAAAUACAAAUACUGUCACUCACUUCCAUAUCCUUUUGGAAUAAGCCCAGAACAAGGCAUAGCUUC